CUGACAAAACUUGCUUAAAAAAAAUUUGCUGAAAAAACCCUAGCGAAAUCAAUGCUUCUGAUUGAUUCCAGCGGUUCGGAUAUCGGUUGCUCCGAAAUCAGAAGACCCAUGAUGAGGAAGCGUGACAUCGACGACGACUACGAAGAAGGAGAAGAGAUUUCUGCCGGAAGGAGGAGAAAACAACGGAAGAAGGAUACAAUAUCAGUUGAAUCUUCUUCUUCUCUUCCGACUUCAAAGAUGAUUUGGACCAAGAACAAUGAGCUCGCCAUUCUCAAGGGUAUUGUGGACUACCAAAGGAUGGGGAAGGAGUUGCUUUUACGGGUACAGAUGGCGAAGAAGUCUUCAGGUUGUCAACAAUCAUCUGGGGAAAUAAAGAAACUGAAGGUGUUUCGGACCAAGCGAAGGUUCAUGUUUUCAUGGAGGAUGUGCCUGGUCCGGAUCACGAACCUACAAGAGUGGAGACAGAACAGGAUGAAGAUGGUUCGGAUGAGUUAUGCAUUCUUCAAGAGGUGCUCGAAGCGUCGGCUGUGUUUCCUACUUUUGGUAAGAAUCAGCAGAAGAUACUUUUUCGUAAUCUGAAAAACCUUGCGGCUCAAAGGAAGAAAGAACUAACUAACCGAUGAGUGGAAGGCAUUGCUUGAUGAAAAAAUGAAAUGGAACAUCAAGAAAAUGACUUUUGAAGCAAAGCUAGCAAACCCGAGCGUCUGCUUAAUUCGAGAACAAGGGAAGAAGGUUUCUGCUUUUGGGGAUUAUUUAACUGUUUUUAGCCUCUUCCUACUAAUGUUCUUUUCUAAGCCAUGUUAAACGGUUGUUGGCUUUUUCUUUUGUCUUAGGAGUUAGGAUGUUGACUAGUUAUUGAAACUCUAAUUAUAAUAUUAUAUUAUGUGCUUUUAAGUAAUGUAGGUAACUAAUUUUUCUUUUUUUUUUGGUCAAAACUAAUUUUUCUUUUGUUCGCCUCA